AUGCCCAACCCCGUCGACACCAGCUUAGAGCCGCACACAUCAGGCCUGGCGGCCAAAUUCGCCGCCGCCCACUCAGCAGAGCACCCCCUCAAGCUGUACGGUGGCUGGUUCUGCCCCUUCGUACAACGAUCCUGGAUCGUGCUGCACGAGAAGAAGAUCCCUCACCAGUACAUCGAGAUCAACCCGUACCACAAGGCGCCGGAGUUCCUGGCCUUGAACCCGCGCGGCCUCGUCCCAACCCUCGGCGUGCCCGUCGACGGCAGUGGCAAAGAGCAGAAGCCACUGUACGAGAGCCUGGUGCUUUGUGAGUAUCUUGAUGAGGCCCAUGCGGACGAGACCAAGUUCGGGCAAAGGCUUCUCCCCGAGGAUGUGUAUGAGAGGGCGAGGUGUCGGCUCUGGAUCGACCACAUCAGUACCAAGAUCAUCCCUGGGUUUUACAAGUUCAUCCAGCACACGCCAGACAAGGCGUAUAGUAUCGAAGACGUAAGGAAUGAGUUUCUCAGCAAUAUUAAGACACUAGUCGAACAGAUGGACGGCAGUGGACCCUGGUUCCUCGGGGAGCAGUUCAGCCUCGUCGACGUGAUGCUUGCGCCGUGGGCGAAAAGACUGUUCCUGAUCGACCACUACAAGCCCGGGGGUGUGGGUAUCGAUAAGGCUAGGGCCGAGGAUGAAGGUACUUGGGCGAGGUGGCAGAAAUGGUUUGAUGCCACCACCUCCAGGCAGAGUGUAAAGGAGACGUGGAGUGAUGAUGAGCAGUACAUUGCGGCCUAUAAGAGGUAUGCUGAAGAUACGACUGGAUCGAUGGUCAUCAUCGGUUUCGUCGGUGGGGCUGUCAUCGCCAUAGCCUUCAUGAUCCUAACUUACCUUUAUGCAUAUGAUCCCGACAACAUCAUAAUAAUCACAGGGAAUCCCAUCGAUAAACGGAUUCUCAACAGUGUUAGACGUUUAGUAGACACAAGGUUACCUGUGAUCGCAAAAUGUCCUCCACGAUGGAAACGUCGCCUAGCUCACGCCCUGGUAGAGUGCAACCUGAAUAUGUGCGACUUGCAGAUUUUAACGGGAUUCGGUAUCCUGAUCGGAGCUUUCAUGUCCCUCCCAGUUCUAAAAGGAGCCCACUGGCAGAUGAUUUGCUACCUGGCCUGGUUUGCGGCCGUCACGCACAUCUCCGGGUUGACAAUCAUGACGAAGCACCUACAUAAACGCUCGCUCGAACGCAAAAUCCGUAUCGCAUUAAUGGGUAUUCUGCUCAUUAUGCUUGUAGUUGCAAUGGUCAUCUGGAUUUGCUUCCUGGCUCUUUAUGGGCUCAGCAGAAUUCUUCAAGUCUCAACAGAGUUCUAUACAGAAGAGGGCAUUCUGAAUGGACCCGACCCUGACAGACAUGAUAAUCUUGCGAUCUCUCAUGACGAACCAACGAUGUUGUCUUUCCAAACGUCCGUUACUCCUGCAUCUCCUGUGGAUGUGCUUUCGACCAAUAAAGUCAAAUGCUUGGAGCUCCUAGACAAGGACACUUUCGGUGCCAGCCAGCUGGCCAAACAUGCCUUCAUAUUCACAUUGUUGCUUGUUACUGCUUUCAUGGCAUGGGUCUUGGCUCUGUUCUUCCGAGAUAUUGGUACCUCGUACUCGCUCUCGGCCAUUAUGUCGAUGCUUCCCGGUGCAGCCCUGGUUGGCGCCCCGCUGGCUAGCUUCUCCUACUUUUUCCUCAUUACAAGCAUCUUCGAUGCAUUCCCGAACCCAAGUCAUCGUCGUUCCGCCCAUUUUUGGGCUGUCCAAAUGUUCACAUAUGCUGUGUUGGCCGUUAGCAUUGGCGUUGCGUCAAAGAAUUCAGCGACAACGCAGGAGUUCUGGCCUGAUACAGACUUCGAAGGUGGAAGCAGCACCGAAUUUCUGAUACAGUUUCUUCUCCCAAACUUCUAUACUGCCCUCUUCAUGUUUUGCUCUAGUUCUUUGAGUGAUGCAGUUGACGAUCACUUCAAAUGA